AUGUUUGGCCGUGGAUUUCUAUGGUGGAAAACGCAAAGCUGGAAAGGAAAGGUCUUUCCCUUUCUCUCUCUCUCUCUCUCUGUCUGUCAAUCUCUCUCUAGAGCUUCACCUUCUGGAGCAAGCAGAGAGAGUGAGGGGAGAAGAGAGAGUAGAGAGAGGCUGAGGCGGCGCAUUGUAGCGAAAGGCUCUUAUCCUGCGCCCUCGUUGGGGCUCAGGGAGGUUUAUUCUUCUAUUCUUCUUCUUCUUCUUCUUCUUCGCUUCGUUCCCACGGCAUCCUUACUUUGAUUGAUUGAUAGAAAAAGAACAAAAGCCGAAUCGAAGAACAAGAACUUUCUCUGUGCGUGGAUUUUUUUUCCAACACUUAUUCUUUCGGUACAACUCUGGCGGACCUUAAGGGAACCCUAGCGUUCCUCUCGUCGAUUCUAGCAGAUCGGUUCGAUUUCAAGUCAAAGAAGAAGAAGCGGAGGGGGAUUUACAGGGGGAUGAUGCUCUGGAUUAUGAGGUUCUCCGGCUUCUUCUCAGCAGCAAUGGUCAUGAUCGUCCUCUCGCCUUCUCUCCAGUCAUUUCCUCCCGCCGAGGCCAUCCGAUCGUCUCAUCUCGACAGCUACCUCCGGUUACCGGUUCAUGAGUCCACCUCCGAUUCCUUCGGCCACUUUUCUUUUCGAAAAGCCCCCGCAUUUCACAAUGCCGAUGAAUGCGGCUCCGUCGGCUCCGGAACUGAGGUCUGCGAUCCGAAUUUGGUGCACGUGGCGAUCACGCUCGACGUGGAGUACCUCCGUGGCUCGAUCGCCGCCGUCCAUUCGAUCCUUCAGCACUCGCGUUGCCCGGAGAGCAUCUUCUUCCACUUUCUGGUCUCGGAGACGAAUCUGGAAACCCUUGUGAGAUCCACUUUCCCUCAGCUGAAGUUCAAGGUGUACUACUUCGACCCGGAGAUCGUGCGGGGACUAAUCUCGACGUCGGUGAGGCAAGCGCUCGAGCAGCCGUUGAACUACGCGAGGAAUUACUUGGCGGAUCUGCUCGAGCCCUGCGUGCGGAGAGUGAUAUACCUGGACUCUGAUCUCGUCGUUGUCGAUGAUAUCUCCAAGCUCUGGACCACGAGGCUCGGCUCCAGAACGAUCGGAGCGCCGGAGUACUGCCACGCCAACUUCACAAAGUACUUCACGGCGGGGUUCUGGUCGAACCGGCGACUCUCCGGCGCGUUCAAGGGCCGGAAACCGUGCUACUUCAACACCGGCGUGAUGGUGAUAGAUCUGGUGCGGUGGAGGCGGGUCGGGUACACGAGUCGGAUCGAGCGGUGGAUGGAGAUCCAGAAGAGCCACCGGAUCUACGAGCUCGGGUCUCUCCCGCCGUUUCUGCUGGUCUUCGCGGGACACGUGGCUCCCAUCGAGCACCGGUGGAACCAGCACGGGUUAGGUGGCGAUAACGUGAGGGGCAGCUGUCGUGACCUCCACCCCGGUCCGGUUAGCCUCCUGCAUUGGUCCGGUAGCGGCAAGCCCUGGCUCAGGCUCGACUCCAAGCAGCCCUGCCCGCUGGACGCUCUAUGGGUACCCUACGACUUGUACGGACACUCUCAGUGAACAAAAAUUACCACUCAGCCGCUUGUUGUAGAAGAGAGGUGGGCAAAUUGGCAAUGGAAGCGGGAGGCCGACCGACAGGCAGAGCAGUUUGAUAGUCGAAAACCGGUAAUGUAAAUUGAAGCACGCGAGAAAGACAGCGAACGAGUGAGUAGAUUCUUUCCCUCCCCCCCACCCACCCACCUCAAAUAUGUGUAAUUUUUGGGUAGGAGAGAGUAGGUUAUUCAUGUGGAUGGAAUUGGCCGGUGCUUGCUUCAUAUGUGAUAAUCCAGAUUCUUUUUUUAACAA